AAGAUGGAUAAGAUUGUGCGAAUGGAUGAGCUGGAUGGGACGGAGAAGGAUGAGGAGAGGAUGGAUGAGAAGGAGAUGGAAUGGUCCUGCUCCCAGUGCACCUUUAAAAACCACCCUUCUCUGGAUACCUGCGAAAUCUGUGAUAUGCCCAGAAUAAUAGGGUACAGGGAACCAUGUACAGUACAUAGACAUACAGAUGUUCACAAGAAUACCAGUGGUCCACGGCAUAUUGGUAUACACAAGCAAAAAGACAGCCAUGAGAAUUUAUGUUCAACUGUUGCAAUGAAUACGCAUGAGAAAAUAUUCAGUUCUGCAAAGUUGAGAGUAGGAGGGCCGAGCCCUGCAGCGAGAACAAAAAAUAAAUACAAUAAUCAAACCACAGCUGGGACAUACCUACUGGACCCUCAUGUACAGAAUACAGACCUUGGUACAUGCCAAUUAGUAUCUCAUGUACAAGGAACUGCUGACACACUUCUGAAAGACAUAUGCGACAACCCAUCAACCAAUUCUCGUGAAGUGUUGAUAAAUGUGAAAGAUGAUAAAGAGCAUGAUAAUGAUAAACCAUCUGAAUCUGACAAGAAUGUAGAUCCAGAGAUAUAUUUAGCAGUAGACCAGAUUAACCCAACUAACACAGAUUAACAAUACUAACUGGGGAUUUACUGUAACAUUUUAAAACCAGGGCUUUGAUGUGUUCCAUUGCAGCAGUGAAUAAUGUGGCAUUAAUCUGUAAAUAUUUAUGUUGGUAUUAAAAAUAUAUAUGUUUACCAUUCAA